AUGGCUCAUUUAAGACGACUACACUUCCAGAAUCGACAGUAUUGUUCAACCAUAUCGGCGGCCAGUCUACCAGAUUUCAGUGAUAAAUAUUUUGAAGAGAUUAAGAAAAAAAUUCGUAAAAUCACUGAAAUCGAUGAAAGUGCCGAAACAACUACUAAUAGUAGUAGUAGUAGUAAUCAAGUGUCGGCAGCGGCUGCGGGUAUUGUCGACAAAAAUACUACCAGUGCUACCAGUGCUAGUGGUAGUAACGAUAUACCGCCGCCGACCUCACAAGUGGCCAACAAUGCCGUAAUAUUUUCGCUAAAAAAUCAAGUGGGAGGUCUGGUACGAGCACUGAGAGUUUUUCAGGAAAUGGAUAUAAAUGUUAAGCACAUCGAGUCUCGGCCAUCGAAACGAAGGGAUUCCGAGUACGAGAUUUUUGUCGAUAUUGAUUGCAAUGAUCAACAAUUGAUGACUGAUUUAAUACAUCAUUUAAGACAUGAAGUGGACGGUUGUACUUUUGAAGAGUUUGAAAGGUCGUCACCGAAAGGUCUGAAAGACAAACCACAGAGAGGACUAUCGGUUCUUAUGACUCAACCAUCUAUUGAUAUCGAUCUAAUGGGCGAAAAUGGUAUGCCAUGGUUUCCCACUAGAAUAUCCGAUUUGGACUAUUCAGCCAACCGGGUGCUUAUGUAUGGCUCGGAGCUGGACGCCGAUCAUCCUGGAUUCAAAGAUCCUGUUUAUAGGAAACGAAGAGAAUAUUUUUCAAACUUAGCUAAAAAUUAUAAACACGGCGAUCGUAUACCCAGAGCUCAAUAUACAGCCGAAGAGAUCAAGACGUGGGGCAUAAUCUAUGCCGAACUGACCAAAUUGUAUGCCCAGUAUGCCUGCAAAGAGUUUAACGACAAUUUCGGUCUACUUGUCCAACACUGCGGCUAUCGUAAGGAUAAUUUGCCACAACUGGAGGAGAUAUCAAAUUUUUUGAAAAACCGUACAGGCUUUCAACUGCGACCAGUGGCCGGCUAUCUGUCGUCGCGCGACUUUCUGGCCGGACUAGCCUUUCGGGUGUUUCAUUGUACACAAUAUUUGCGACACUCGUCGGACCCGUUCUAUACGCCCGAGCCCGACUGUUGUCACGAACUACUAGGCCAUUGUGCACUGAUGGCCGACCAAAGUUUUGCCCAAUUUUCCCAGGAGAUAGGCCUGGCCUCACUGGGCGCCAGCGAUGAGGAAGUGGAUAAGCUGGCCACUUGCUAUUUUUUUACGGUCGAGUUUGGACUAUGCAAACAGGAUAACAAACUGAAAAUAUACGGCGCCGGCCUAUUGUCCAGUGCUGCCGAACUACAGCACUCUAUAUCGGAUUCGGCACAUAUCAUGGCAUUUGAUCCGGUAGUUACCUGUCAGCAGACACCUAUGAUAACCACAUUUCAGACGGUCUACUUUUAUACGGAUAGUUUCGAUGAGGCUAAACAACAAAUGCGUGAAUUUGCGUCGACUAUUAAACGGCCGUUUGGUGUCCGAUAUAAUCCGUAUACACAGUCAGUCGAGUUGUUAAGUAAUACGAAAAAAAUUAUGAAUUUAGUAUCGGAACUGAAAGGCGAUCUCUGUAUUGUCACAAAUGCAUUGCAAAAGAUUAAA